UACUCCACUUUUACUAGCGUGAAUGCCAUGUGGGAGACAGGAUGUUGUCCAUAUCGAUUUUUGUGUACAUUUGACGCAAUUUGUUUCGUUUAUUCUUCAUGAAUCAUUGUACCCAUGUUGUUUUGUUUGACUCUGCUGUGUACGUGUGUUAAUUGUGACAUUGCUUGUUUUUAUUGCAUUGGAGCUAAUGAGAGGAGUAUGUCAGACGGGGAAGCAUUAAAUACACGGGACUGAAACUGUAUAAGAAGCGCUAUAAAGGUGAAUCUUAAGCUGGUGGAUACCACACAAGAUGGAAACUGAAAUUCCUUCCGAAAAACAAAGUCAAGAUAAACUGAUUAUCAAUGGAUGCAGCAGUAAUGUGGAAAACAGAGUCAAGGUUGUCACUGAUGUUGUAGUACCAGCUAAGACACUGAACAAGGAAACACUGACACCAUGGAGUGACGUGGAAGGCUUCCAACCUAAGAUAGCCUCCGCUAAGGACAGUAACAAGUUCAAAAUGGAAUCCACCGAUUUGAAUGAAGUUUCGAGUAUGCAGGAUUCGAACCCGUCCCCAUGGGGAAAUGUGGACAACACCAAUGAUGAUAUAGCUCACUCCACCAAUGGGAAUGGUCCUGAGUGGAGUGUAACUCACAGCAGUUCUGAUUGGCCAGCAGUGUCCAAUGGCGACGUAGGUACCUCUUUAGAAGAUCAGACCAAAGAUGCAAAACUUGUAUGGGGUGAUGUCCAGAAUGGUGAACAGCAAGCAUCACAUAUUGAAGACGCAGAUCUCCAAAUACACUCAGCUGAUGCAGGGAAAAGUCAAGCAACGCAAGACGGUUCCUUUGCCAAUCCAUUUGCUCAAGAUAGUGGAUUUGUGGACAACUUUUGUGAGAUGUUGGAGACCGAUUUGAUAUUCAAGUCAGGACUGGUUGACGAGGAGUUCAAAACAAUUUGUGUAACUGCCGAGGAGGAUGAUCUAUGGUCAUCGUCGUUUACAGCCCCAGCUGAUCAGUCAGUUAGCUCACCAUCAUGGGACCCAUUCUCGUCCAAUCAGAAUCCAGCAUUGACAGAGCCAGUACCAGCAAUGCAGACCUCACCGGAUGAUCAAACGUCUGUGGAUGAAAUAACUUUGAAACUAAGUAAUGAUGUGGCUGAACCUUCAUGCAGCGAUCUCAGGGAGCAACCAAUGCAAGUACCGGUAACAAGUAUUCCACAACCAAAGACCACUCAGUAUUCCACUUCAAUAGUACUACCUCAAGAUACCAGCCAACAGAGUACCACCACACUCUCCACCAAUCACAGUGCUCAUCAACAUCACAUUCCAGCCAAUAGGGAUCAAGCAUUGGGUUCAAAACCCAAGACUAAUUUGAACAUUGGACAAAUGUUGCAAAACACAGCGUUCAAAGAGGUGAUUUUGGAUGAAUCGUGGAUGUCAGAAACUGACUGUCUAGAGACAAAGGCUUUUACUGUUGAUCUGAAUCAAAGAUCUACCAAGAAGGACGCUGAAGAACCAACCACAACCAGCAUGAACACCAUGGACCUCCUCUCAGACCAACCCAUCGGGAGUGGGGACAGCUCAGCUGAUGUUGCCAUGACCUCCUCAAAUGGACAACCUGAGCUGUGGAUGGCCUCCAAUGGAGAGAGCCUCAAGACACCAGCAGAUAUCAAUGCUAAUAUGGAGCAACAUGGCCAAGUGCAAACUGACAAUCUUCUUGAUUUUGGAGAUGCCAAGAUGGUGGUUGCACCUCCUCCAGAGUUUGAUAACAACUUUGACUUUGUGCCGAACAGUGUCGAGAUUAAUAACACACAUGAUGCCUCAGUGUCUUUGAGCGGAGACCAGAGUAAUGGUGACUUGCUAGCAUUUCUUGGUUCACCCCAAGAUGUUGUGGUGGUGGAGACGGGGAAUAAGCCAACGACGAGGGUAAGAACCCCCAGUGACCUUGACGCCUUCUUGAAUGAGUUGGGAGAUGGAACCACAAUUGAUGAUGAGGAAGAUGCCUCAAUGAACAGUGGAGAAGACACAAACAUCUCGGAGCAGGAUCUUAAAUACUCCAGGAAGCUCGAAGAAGAAAAUUUCUCGGAAAAUCCAUCGGAAGAUAAUGCAAAAUCAAUCGAAAUGGCAGAAGAGGAAAUAUUAGUUGACACUAGCGUCUUGGCGCAAGAAAGUGUUCCUGCAGAAGAGGUGGUUGACUUGAGUGAGCUUGAAGGAGAAAGUUUCCCCGUAAAUCCAUCCGAACAAUGUUUAAUUUUGAACAAAAUGGCAGAAGAAGACACAUUAGUAGACAGUAGCGUCUUGAUGCAAGAAAGUGUUCCUGCAGAAGAAGUAGUUGACAGAAGUGCCAUGAUGCAGGAAAAUUUACAGGAACUGUCCAACGAUAUUAACGGACUUCUUUCUAUCGCAAGUGAAAGUGAAGAAGCCAGUAUGGCUAAUAUCACCCAAAACAGUGAAGAUUCUGAAGAUGUUACAAAUGAUAAUAAGGAUCACAUGGAAACUGAGACUAAAGUGAGUGUGACAAGCAUUAAGCUAGAUCUGACGGCUAAGCGGCGAAGCUUUUUUGGAGAUGAAGAUGUCCCUUCAGACCUCGUGUUUCAGCCGCAGAUCUCUAAUGCAUCUGCAGUUGUGUCACCCACAUCAGUCAAUCUCUCCUCUGCCCUACCAACAGUGCCUGUUCUUCCCAAAGUGCAAACUACUUACCAGCGUCCAGAGACCAAAUAUGAGACCAAGCCAAGAGCCGCAACAGACAGUUUUGUUUCUUCACAUGCCCUUCUUGGCCUUGGUGGCGAUCAAGUUGUCCUAACUGACACAAAACCACGGAGUGUGAGUGGACCUCCACCAAGUAGUCUUGUUUCUGAAGGUAUCUCCAACCUCAGAAAACAUGAUCCUAGUGUCUCUGUUAAGUCAGAUAAGUUUAUUCGUGCAUUGUACGGGCCAAAACCUGGCUCAAAGUCUUCCGAGCUUGUAGAUGAGGAUGGCAAGACGCUGUUUGAGUAUGAGAAGGAGAGACGAGACGUCUUGGACGCCAUGAAGGUCAAGAGGAAGAAGAAAGUUAGUUGGCAGAAAGACAGCCUCUCAGAAGAUCUCACCUCACCGGAGAGCGAAGAGCCAUCGUCACCGAUUGCUAAAACUGAAAUACCAGUACCAAGUCCACGCACCACAAGCUUAAUCCAUCAAGAUGCCACUGCUGAUUCAGAAUUCAGUGAGACUGCACCGACACCAGAACCUGAAACAGUCACAUCUAUCAUACCUCUAGUUGAGAACCCACAAUUGCCCUCAAAUGGAGAUGUCUUAGAAGGUGAACAUCAGACAGUCUGUUUGGAAUCACCUUGUCUAACUGUGGAAGUUGAUCCAGUUGAUAAAAGACCUUCUACAGAAGAAGAGGCUGUUGUUACCUCUCCUAGGAAAACUGAUGAAAUUUUUAAUCUCAAUAGCGAGAAGGAAACUGUCACAUCUGCUCUAAGUGUACAACCCGCUGAGGUUUCAGAAACAUUACCAGAACAGACAGCAGAAAACACAAAUGUCGCUGAGGUGAAAGAGGAAGUGACUCCUAUAGACCUUGGGAAGAUGCGCAGCCUCUGGGAGCAGAAACUCACCACUGCAUCAGGACAAAAUGCAGAAACUCAACAGCUGAAGAAGAAUGUCAAACCAAGGAGGAUGUUCUCCUUUGAGGCUAAGGCCAAAGAAGCUGCUUCCCAUGAAGAGAAACUGCAGAAGGAGAAGAAGGAGAAGGCUAAGUUGAUGAUAGAGAUUCCGGCUGAACCAGAUAUCAUGGACACAAUGCCUAAAGAUCCAGAUGAUGACUUUGAUCGUAGCGACUCUUACAGCUAUGAUGUCACUCCCACACGCAAGGUUGAAAUUCAAAGUCACUGGGCCAAAUCAGAGAGUGUUAUAGAACGAGACAUUCGACUGCAGAAAGAACGUGAGCAAGAGCUUCUGAAAGAAGGGCUUCUUAAACAUAAAACUGAACAGUCACCAGUUGUGAAGUUAGAGAUACAAAAUAAAAGUGAUAAGGAAGCGGUCUCUGUUCAUGAGACGAUAGUUGAGCGGGAAGUUCGCCUUCAAAGAGAGAGAGAUGAGAAUGAUGCUAAGGAACGGAAAAUGAUAAGGCAAAUGUCAUCGAGCAGACAGUCAAGCCUUAUUAGCCCUUGUGCCCCAUCGGAAAAACCUGUCUCCACAAGUCCUACAUUAAUUCAGCAAAAAAACAUUGCCACCACAGUAAAGCCUGCCGAGCCUGAAAUCUGUCGGCAACAAUCACAGCAGCAAGAAGCUGCACCUCAAGAACUCUUAAUGGGAAGUCCCGAGUUGGAGGUGAUAAUAAGAGACAAGGAGGACCAAAGCAAACCACAUAAUGUCACUGAAGAGAAGUCUAUCAUUAGAAGAGAGUCUAUAGUGCAACGGGAAAUCCGUUUACAGAAAGAGCGCGAUGAAGCCAAUGUGCUUGAGCGUCAGAAAGCGUUGCAAGAGACCCAAGUGAAACACGCCAGUAUCGACAGCCCCCUCAGCUCAUCUGGGCGUUCAACUCCGAAAGUCCCUCAAAGUCCUGUCAAACAGAGUGCUACAUUCACACCCAUCAAACUAGUCUCACCACAAGUGGACCCCAAGUCACCUGAAGUUCCUCUAAAUGUAUCCGCAAAGACACCACAAAAGUCGUCACCCUCCGUGAAAUUCGGUCUCCAAACAGGUUCCUCUGAUCCAUACAAAAGCUACAGAGAGUACCAGAACAUGCUCAGAGGAAGGAGGUCCAAUGAAAAGCAUGGAGAAAAAGCUGGCCCGAUGAAGGCAACAGAGGGCAGCGUUUCCAUUGGACAGUCACCAGUUAGCUUCAGAGAGAGUCUUAUGAAUAAGUCAGCCCAAGCAAGACCACCUUCUCCCCUCCUUCAGAGACCCGCCUCCCCAGUCCAAUUCCAACCUGCUUCCCCUGUAAUGAAACAAGAAGAGCCAAGAGAAAAGGACACCGUUGCCCCACCACAGAGUAAAGCAGAGACCCCAGUUCAGCGCGAAAUACGGCUAGCCAAAGAGAGAGAGGCGGACCAUGAGAGAGAAAGCUUAGCGUCCACCCACAUUUCCUCACCGAAGAGGGGCCCAACACCCCUAAAAGCUGUCCACACUCCAGCGUUUGCUGACGACAUUCCUAACGUGGUCAUUGUGGAAAAGUCAGAUGUAACUGAGAUGUCAAAGGUCACCACCGAGAGUCCAAAGGUCACAGAUUCAAUGACCUUACUGGAGAAGGAGGUUGUUGUUAUGCGGAGGAAGAAGGAGACUCCGAUGGAGAGAGAUAUUCGGUUAGCGGAGGAGAGGGAAAUGGUGCUGAGGAAAGAAAGAGGUCUCUUCCUAAAACCCGCCCUUAAACUCAACACCACCGAAGUGCGAUCCACCAAACCCACUAAAUCAAACAAUGGCCCCUCCAAAAUAGGCCCUAAGACCUCAGGUUGGGGCACUCUCUUCAGACCAACGAACAACUUUUUCAUUGAAAAGGAACUCCGGGCAGAGCGGGAGCGUGAACUUGCCCUAAAGGGUGAGGGGGUCAUAAAAUCCCUGUCUGAAAGUGAGGAUAAAGGCACAACAGAUGAAGAAGCAACUCUAAGUCCCGUAAAGAAGAUCAGAGGCCCUCAAUCGGAGUCCCUCAUAGAGCGGGAAAUCCGUCGACAACAGGAGAAGGAACAAGAGUUUAGACGAGAGAAAGGGCUCGUUUCUUCUAGUGCAGCAGAGGCAUUGACAAACACAGAGACGGAAGGGGUGACAGACGCAGGGGAACAAGUAGAAAUUGCCAAAGAUCAAGAAACAGCAAAGAAAGAGGUAACACCUGCAAAGUAUCGCCCACAGAGAAGAAGUCUCGUCUUAGCCCAGCAGUGGGAGCAGAUGUUCAAGUAGCCACACCCAAACCAUGCCCUGAAGACGUCCUUUGCAACUCCCUUCCCUGUAAAAUAAUAGAACGACUUAAUACUAAUAUCAUGUGUGCGGUGCCGCUUAAGUUAACAGUGUUUGGUUGAGAUUUUAAACAGGUAUUCAUUGAGUUUCUCUAUGGAGUUUCUGUCUGAGGAACGUUGAUGGUUCCAAAUCAAGUAUUUCAAUUGACUUUGUGAUUAGAAGCCAAGUCCCUUUUGGUGUUUGACCUAAGCACACGGCCGAGUGCGUUUCAUUCAUAGUCAAUCACAGUCAAUUAAGAAAUAAAGCCCUGGUGUCUACAUUAGACUCUUGGGUAAGAACCACAACAGAGUUGUUUAUUUUGGAAGCCAACUUUCAGCCAUGUGGACGAAAAUAGUCAGGCUGUUUUUGUGCUUCAUGUAUGAAAAAACCCAAAGACAGCACUAAAUGAGAAAAAAAUAUCAAUUUUGUAUUAACGUUAACCCGUUUACAAUGAGUUAAACUCAUUGAAAAAUGUAACAUUUAUGUACUAUUAUUGUAUCUGCAAAAGCUCUGUAUAGCUAUCUUGUGUUCAUUAAGCAUUAAUAUAAAAAGCACUAAGCACUGUUUGGCAAUGGUGAAGUACUUGUAUGGGCAACUUUGGGGUCGCUGACAAAAAAAAUUGUUCUCGACACAUGCAAGAGGAAAAAGGGCCUCGGAGUUGCGAUAUGGUAAAAAGAUUAAUUUUUUUAAAUGUCAUGACGAACGUGUGCUCUUGAAACAUUAAUUAUAUUGUAUAGAAUGACGCAUAAAAUGCAGCCAAUCUGCCUUGACAGUUAACUGCACUAGUACAUCAAGAAUGUAUGCAAGCUUAUAUUUGUAUAUAUUUGUCUUUUCUAAAAUGCCUAGGAGAAUUGUUUAUAUUUAUAAAAUUGUUUGCGUAAUAUGCUUAAGUUUGUACUUCACUGUUAACUAAUAAUGUAGCUGACUGAUUCAGGCUUUAGAUUUGUCAAAAUUUGUCUUUCCUUAUUUUAGGAUUGUUCGCUGAUCUCCUUGCAUCUUCAGAUGUUUUUGAAAGAGGCACAAUUUCAUUUGCCCAAUAAGCACAGAAAGAAACUAAGCACAAACAAAAAUGGCUUACCAGAUUAAGUUUACCAGCUAAAAUACAAUGUCACAUGUACUGUCUUUGACUAGUUUCCUGCCCAGUUUGCUAAGCAGAAAAUUGGUCCUGGGCCAACUGUCUGGAACUGUUUUUCAGUGAGCAGGAAUGAGUCUGAAUGUAUGUUUGUUUUUACAGCUUUACUAUGGCUUGAAAUAUAUUCAUGUUGAUCCAGUAUAAAUAAUUUCUCUGAAAAUUAGACGUGACCAUUUGAGGUAUGAAUUCAGACGUACAUUUGUAAAGAGUUUACUAACUAUUGUAACUGCUUACAUGCUAAGCAAAGACUAGAGAAACAGAGGCUUGGUAGUCAUCAUUUUAAAAUCAUUUCUUAUCAUACUCAUGUGCCAUCUUUGCUGUGCUUCCAGAUAUUCAAAUUACUUCAGUCGCUAAAUUUUUUCUCAAGUUUCAGCUCAGUUGUUUUCAUAAUAAUUACAAUAACUGUUGUGCGCCAUCUUGCUGUCAGAAAAAACACUCCAUGCGCAUGUUACUUAAAGCCAGCCAGGACUGAAUAAACAAGUUUUCAAGUUAGGUUUAAAGCUGGGAGAGAGUCUACUAGUCUGAGGUUCAGUGAUAGUGCUUUAAGAUCAUGAUUUGAAGAUUUAUCUGCAGAUGAGGAUUCAACCUGCCUCUAGCCACCCCAUUAGUCUAGUGGUAAGACACCUGUUUCAGCAAUGUUAAGGUGUGGGUUCGAAUCCCACCGGAGUGAUUUGCCUGUGUAUUCAUUUCACAGAACUCGGAAAAGCACUUAGUGUACAUUGCUUUAUAUAUUCGGUAAAAACCAAAUUAUAUAGAUUUGCAGAUUAUUAAACUGUGUCACGUUAAAUAUAUUUCAUAUAUUUUUUCGAGAUGAGUAUUUGAAAAUUAACCAAAGUUGUCUACAAUUGUAUGGUGUGUUAAUUAUGUAAACUGUUAUUAUUAAAUGUUGUGGUUUAUGUGUACUACCGGUACAUGUAUACGAUGAAAGAGUACCUAACAAAAUAGCAUUAUAAAUUUGAUUUAAGUAUUUUACAAUAGUUAGCAAUAACAUUGCAAAUAUUGUCUACUUAUGUAUUGGGGUGUGUAGUUUAAUCUUGUGUGUGUGUGUGUUUAAAACUAGAUCAUUAUAUCAUUUUGCUUAAUGGUUAUUUCCUCAUUUAAUGACAAAAAAGCACCAAAUGGUUUGUACUUAAGUGGAGCCUGGAACAAUUUUCUAAAAGAAGCAGCGACAUUAAGACCUAGAUUUGAUACUUUUGAAGCUAAGUCUUUGACAUUGUAGAGUGUUUUGACUUGUGUAUGAAUGUAUUCAGCAUUUGAUGAUGAUUGUGAAACUUAACAGUUUUUAUUCAAGGCUGUCCACUAUUGUACACUGAUGAUGAUAAAGCAGAUUAUAUUUUUCAUAUUAACAAGUGCUUAACACACAUUGGUGUGUAGGUGAAAUCAAAUGAUAUUCUUUUCCCCAAUGCAACAUUUUUUUCUAUUAUUUCCUUCCUGUACAUGUAUCUGUAUUGUUAAUUCACCAUGCAAACACCCAUACUAUGACAAGUACUUAUUCUGAACAUCCAUAUUUUAAUCAUCAUAAUAAUAAUAAUAUGCAGAUUGUAUGCAUCACCUUGUGCCUAUUUAUUACCAGAAUGUGAUUCAUGUUUGAGUUGAAUUUUACAGGGAUGAAAUUUUAUCUGAUUUUAGACUUUUUAUGUCUGCCUGGUGUAGAAGAUCAGCCUAUAUUUUUCCCACAUAAAGAAAUCCUGUUCUUUGAUCUACUUCUCCUGUGCAUAGUAAACUGUUCUUAAAGCUCUGUGAAUUAUAAUUUUAUAAUUCACAUGGGUAUACCAAAAUGUGGAAAUGUCAUCAUUUCAACAUAUUUCAUAUCUCAAUUUGGAUCCUUGUUGCAGAUGUUUUUUUAUCAGCAAUGACUGUCACCCCUGUAUAUAUACAGUUUGGGUACAAGACUAACAGGAAGGGCAGGUCCACAUGAGCAAAGAAGUCAGAUACUUGUUUAGUAUUUUCCAUCUAAUACAAAUCAGCAACGAAAUACAGUGUACCAUGUGAACUAGGUCCAACUUCAUUAAGCAAACACAGACAAAUUUUGCUUAGUUCAAACAGGUUAUAAAUUAUACCAGCCAAAAUUCCAUAGAAUUUACAUUGAUGCAACUGGUGCCAAACGAAAACAAAUCUUUAGGCAAAGAGAUUUGCCAAGCAAUAGUAUCUGCUUAACAGCUUUGUGAAAGUGGGCCCUGAGCUCAAUUUCGCAGAAAAGCACAUGUAAAGCACAUGGUUCUUUAGGCAGUAAGCGCAGCAUUUUGUGGUAAGCAGGCCAUGGAAUCGGGCUCUGUUCUCUCCUCACUUGUUGCUCCAGUGGAAAGACCAUGGCUUAUGGGUUAAUAUUAUAUUCCACCCAAUUAUAGUAUUCUUUUAUUGAAAACUGUUUUUUUUUUGCCACACUUAAUUGGUGUAAGGGUAGGCCUACAACCUAAAAUUAUUUAGUCUAUACAUGUACACAUUGGAGGUAGGAUUUAACCCACUGUGCUGACCCAGGUGAACAGACAAGUGGGAUGCUUGUUUUUCAAUUAUUAAAAAAACACACAGAAAAACACCAGUGGCUUCAAAUUGUUUUGGAUCUUGGGUGAAUUUGUACUCGGAAGGUCUAAAGGGGCAUUGGGACAACAUGUAAGUUCAUAAUUGGGACUUGUAUAGCCUAUACUGAGGUCGUAUAGCUCAUAAUGUGGACCAGUAGCUCAUAACCUAUAGAAUUAAGCCAUAACUGUGACUUAAUGGUAAUCAUGAAUAUGAUUUAGCAAAUGUGAAUUAUGACUAUUGCCAAUUAUAGGUCAUAUGAGAUAUCAUAGCCAUAAUUAUGUAUUGUACAAGUUAUACUUUCAUUUUAGUUCUCUCCAAAUUUUUGCAAAAUGGAAAACAAGGGGAAAAUGUCUUGCAAGCUUGAAAAGAAUGAGGGUCAUUCCAUGUCAGACCAACGUACUUUUUUACCUCAUGUCUUCCGAUUUUGAUAAAAAUU